AUGUUUUUUAAUUUGAGGAACUUCUUCAGUAUUACAAAUUUAUCAAAGAACAGCAAGCAUCUGGUGCGACAAUUUUGGUGUCGGCAACCAGCUCUAAUGAAUGUUCAUCUGAAAGGCCGUGACCUCCUCACUCUACAGAAUUACACAGCAGAUGAACUCAAGUAUUUGCUAUGGAUGGCCUCAGAUUUGAAACAAAGAAUAAAGCAUAAAGGAGAGUAUUUGCCUUUGAUGCAAGGGAAAUCUUUGGCCAUGAUUUUUGAGAAGAGAAGCACAAGAACAAGAUUAUCCACAGAAACAGGAUUUGCUCUCCUUGGGGGACAUCCUUGCUUCCUUACAACUCAGGAUAUACAUCUGGGCACUAAUGAGAGUCUCACAGAUACAGCAAGGGUGCUGUCCAGCAUGACAAAUGCAAUCCUGGCUCGAGUUUAUAACCAUACUGAUCUGGAUCUAAUGGCAAAAGAAGCCACAAUCCCUGUAAUCAAUGGGUUGUCCAACUCAUAUCAUCCUCUCCAGAUUCUGGCUGAUUACCUCACUCUUCAGGAACACUAUGGUGGUCUGAAUGGGCUGACGGUCACCUGGAUCGGGGAUGGAAACAAUGUCCUCAACUCCAUCAUGAUGAGUGCUGCAAAGCUGGGAAUGCAUCUCCAUAUCGCAACUCCCAAAGGCUUUGAACCAGACCUCAGAGUAACUAAAAUAACUGAACAGUUCUCCGAAGAGUAUGGUACCAAGUUACUUCUCACAACAGAUCCUUUGGAAGCUGCAAAUGGUGCCAAUGUGUUAGUUACAGAUACAUGGAUAAGCAUGGGCCAAGAAAAAGAAAAGAAAGAAAGACUAAAGGCAUUUCAAGGUUAUCAGAUUACAAUGCAGACUGCAAAAUCUGCUGCUUCCAACUGGACAUUUUUACACUGUUUACCCAGAAAACCAGAAGAAGUUGAUGAUGAAGUAUUUUAUUCUCCACACUCUUUGGUUUUCCAGGAGGCUGAAAACAGAAAAUGGACAAUUAUGGCUGUCAUGGUUUCCCUGCUGACAGAUUACUCACCAGAGCUACAAAAGCCUACAUUUUGA